CUUAUAACGCAAGCUCACUUAGUUUCGGAAUGUAUUUCUUUCAUUUGGCUGUGCGACGAGCGCAUUUCGAAUGGUAUACGGCAAAUACCGCAUCCAGAAUCGGGUUAGUUCUUACCGGAAUCCUUUCAGUCGGCGUGAUCGCCGUUACCUUUAUCGAGUGCAGGGCGUUGAUUAGGCAAGCGUUUCAAGAAAAUAUGGCGGAUGAAGUGAUUUUAACGAAGGAGAUUGAUCCCGCCGAGGUGCGAGUACAGCUCAAGGAGAUGAUGCAGCACGCCUGGCGGAGUUAUGCCCGCGUUGUGUGGGGCACCAAUGAAUUCCGUCCGGUUUCACAACGCGUGCAUGUGGGCAGUGACUUCGGAACCUACAAACUCGGUGCAACGAUUAUAGAGAGCUUGGACACUCUGUACUUAAUGGGUCUGGACAAGGAGUUGAAGCGUUCUCGGGAUUGGAUCGAGAAGUCCUUUAGCUUGGAUCGAGUUGAUGAACCAUUGCCCCUUAUAGCGCUAACAUCCAGGCUGCUCUGUCCCAUGCUAACCCUCUACUCCCUCACUGGGGAUCUGCUCUACAAGGACAAGGCAGUACAUAUUGGCGAUAGGAUCCUGUCGGCCUUCGACACGGCAACUGGAAUACCGAGGCGACUGGUGGUUCCCAAGGAAGGCAGCACCCUAACCAAGUAUCUGGAUGACAUGUCCCGUACCUCAGAGUUUGGAGCCCUGCACUUGGAGUUCUUCUACCUUAGCGAAAUCACAGGAUCUCCAGUGUACAGGGAUCGGGUGCAGGGUAUUCAGGAUAGGAUUGCGAAGGCAGCCAAGGUCAAUGGUCUGUAUCCCAAUGCCUUUUGCACAAAGUAUGGCACAUGGGAAAGCCACAACUGCUCCAUAAACCGAUACCAUGACACGCUCCUUAAAGCAUGGAUGCAAUCCGGGAAAACCGAUUCCCAAAAUGAAGUUCUAUUUGAGGACGCUUUGCUGGCUGUGGUGCAAAAUCUGGUUGUCAUCAAUGCCGAAGAAGCGACCUAUGUAACGGAUAUGAGGGAUGGUACUCUUACCCACCGGAUGAGACAGUCGGAUUGUUUCGCUGGCGCUCUUUUUGCCCUGGGAGCAGCAGCCACCUCGAUGGAUCACUGGGAGAAGUACGCGGAGAUCGGCAUUGGCAUAACAGACACUUGCCAUGACAUGUUCUGGGACUCUUCCACCCGACUAGGUCCGGAUACUUUCGCUUUUACGGAAAAAAGUCAGAAGGAAAUCCUUCCCCUCCAGAGAAACUUCUAUAUGUUGCGACCAGAAGUCGUGGAGAGCUACUUCGUACUCUGGCGUCUGACCCAUGAUGAAAAGUAUCGCCUUUGGGGCUAUGAGAUCCUGCUGGCCAUAGAGAAGUACUGCAGGACACCCAAUGGUUACACUGGUAUUUUGGACGUUAAUAACAAAACCUCGGAACCGGACGAUGUGCAAAGGACCUUCUUCUUAGGAGCGACCCUGAAGUAUCUGUUCCUGUUGUUCUCCGACGAUGAUGUGGUUCCCCUGGAGGAGUGGGUUUUCAACAGCGCAGGACAUUUUCUACCCGUUAAGGGUGCAAAUUCAAUGUAUCGUGAAUAUAAUCAAUAAAAAUCUAUUAAAGCUAAGUAGUAAAAGUAGAAGUAAAAGAGAGUAGUAA